CACGAGCUCUAGUGUACUUGACGCCUACUAAUAACAAUCUAAAUUUGUUAUUCUCUGCCCGCAAUAAUCUACCUCACGAGCUAACUUGCAUAUUUGUAUAUUAAUGCGUGAAUUACUUUUAUUUAUCAAUAAAACCAUGUUUGGUAAAUUCCCUAUUUGACGUAUCUGUCUUUUUACUUAAGUUUUAACAAUCUCGUAACUAUUUAUGAAUUUCACGUAUUGCAUUAUGUAGUAAUUAAAAUGAUUUUAACUAUUUAUUUAUAUUCUUUUUCUUUUUCUUUUAUUAAUAAAAUAUACUCUGUAUUUUAACUUUGAAGGGCUAUCGUAUAAAUUUAUCACAUUGAAUUUUUUAAUUUACGAAAAUGUGAAUUAGCUAACUUGCAAAUUUGAAAGUGAAGAAGUUAUAUUUUUAUUCAUAAAUCAUUUUGUUAAUGACUUGUGCAGUUGUACAUUUUGAGAACCAAUAUCUUGUGGGAGGAAACACUGUUGAAAUAUGAACAGACAGCGAGCAUUUUCGUAAAGCACUUUUCUUCUCAGACCUUUCACUAUAAAACAGUGGCUACCCAUUUUCACAUGUGCAUGCUUGAAAAAAUGAAGGAUUAUUGUACAAUAUCCUCUUCUUCUUCUUCAUUUCUACCCAUUGUUUAUCUUUCUCUUCUCAUCAUCUGUCUCUCGGCACCGCCUCCUUCCGCCGCGGCCCGGCCGCGUUGCAACUCAAAUGACAAAAAGGCCCUCCUCCAAAUCAAGAAAGAUCUGGGCAAUCCCUAUCAUUUGGCCUCGUGGGACCCAACGACGGACUGCUGCAGCUGGUACGUCGUGAAAUGCGACCGACUCACCGGCCGCAUCACCGCCCUCACCGUCUUCCAGGCCGAUUUCGCCGGCCGAAUCCCGGCGUCCGUCGGCGGUCUCCCCUACCUCACGCAGCUGAUGUUUCAUCACGUUCCCAAUCUCACCGGAACCAUCCCGCCGUCCAUCACUAAGCUCACGCGCCUUACUUCUCUGGACAUUAGCUGGACGAGUCUCUCCGGCCAAAUCCCGGCGUUCCUGAGCCAGCUGAAGAACCUGACGUACCUCGACCUUUCCUUCAACAACUUCACCGGACCCAUCCCGGAAUCUCUCGGCGAGCUCCGGAAUCUCGGGGCACUCCACUUGGACAGGAACAAACUCACCGGACCCAUCCCGGAAUCCUUCGGGAAAUUCUCGCCGGCGCCGGAUCUGUACCUCUCCCACAACCAACUGACCGGAAAACUGCCGGCGUCCUUCGGGAAUCUUGACUUCGAGAGGAUAGAUCUGUCCCGGAACAGACUGGAAGGCGACGCGUCGAUCUUGUUCGGGAAAAGCAAGAACGCCCAGACAAUAGAUCUGUCGAGAAACGCGUUCCAGUUCGAUUUCUCCAAAGUGGAGGGGUUCUCGAAAAGCUUGAUCGCGCUGGAUCUGAACCACAACCAGAUCACAGGGACUCUGCCGGCGGCGCUGACGGCGGCAGAAAACCUGCAGCAGUUCAACGUGAGUUACAACAGACUGUGCGGCGAGAUUCCUAAAGGGAGGCUGCAGACGAGUUUCGACAAGUAUUCAUACUUCCACAACAAGUGCUUGUGCGGUUCUCCACUCCCGCCGUGUUAAUUGGCUUCUCCGGCCGGUUCAUCAGUUCUAAUAAUGGGGAAUGCUAUAGUACCCAUAAAAAUUGAGGGAAUAGCUCUGUGGCGAAGCCGCUUCAAUUUAAUUAAUCACUAUGCAUUGAAUGGCGUUUAGCCAUUAAUAAAUUUGUUUUAAAAUUAUGAUUGUGUUUGUGAUAAGACAUGGUUCAUUGGAGCUUUUCCAGACUGUUAGGCUGUUCACUAGGAGGACAUGCCAGACCCUCUCAACAAAGUAAGGGUGUUGAUCAUCUUUCAAAGGAUUAGCAUAAAAAACACAUGCUGAUGUUAGUGUUACUACCUCGGAUAAAUCACAAAAACAAGGGAAGGGAAAGGUUAUUGAAGUUGUCACAAAAGAAGGAAUACCAUAGUACUUUUUAGCAAAACGAGUUAUUCAAGAGGGGGGAAUCUUUCAAAUCUUGGAGAAGAGGUGCUCAAGAAGGAGGUUACUAAUAGAGCAAUUAAUACUUUAAUUAGGUUUCCUUAAAUAUUAAGUUUCCUAUUGUAUUCAGAACAUUAUUUAUUAUAUAUAUGGCACCUAGGGCUACUUAUUGGGUAAGCCUUUCUAUUAU